GUCCAUAGGCGAAGUUCUAACGAGUAACCGGCGACCGAGCCGUCUCGUUCCUCCGUCAACGUUCUCGCAAAUAGAUCGUGUCGAGAUUUACGCGUUCCUUGUUCGAUCAUCCACCCGUCCGGCUUCUUGAUCCGUACGCUCGUUCCAAUCAGCGAGUCUCUCCAAGUUCGCAUUCGUUCGUUCUAUUUCCACUUCUCAACUUCCUCGAAGAUAUAUAAAGUUGUAAGAGGGAAAGGAUCCCGUCGAGUGGAUUUCUUGAGGAAACGAUCAAUCUGUGGGUCGAUGUAGGGUAGGUUUUGUAAAAAUAAAGUGCCGUGAGAAGUGUUCGACGACUGUUGCAAGUCUUUGAUCACGGCGAGGACAUGUGACAAACGGGAUCGCGAAACUCGUCGAAUCGUGAGUGAACGGUAAAGAAUUUUGGAUUCGUGAGUCGUCACCCGUGGAUCUGCGGCCGUGAAAACCCGGUAGUGAUAUAUCAGUGAGGAAUAUCAAUCAGUACAAGUAGGUGUUGUGAUCGAAGAAGGGUGCGACGCUUUGAAAGGUUCCCGCGAUUUACGCUCAACGAAUACACUCGCGUGCUCCUCGCGAGUAUAGUACUCGUAACAGGGAGAAACUUACGGAGAAACUCUAUAUUCGCGUAUCGUCAUCGUUCCGGGCUUAACGAGGUGCAGUUAAUGCGUCGUUAGGCGAGCUGCGACGCGUAUGGACGCUCACCGACCAUCCAAAUCCUCGAAACUGUCGCCGCGAUCGCCAGGACCCUUAGUCUGUGUGUAGUGAGAAGAGUGCUUCGCGUAUUUCGCGUUUGACUACCGGCCCUCUCGAUCGCACGUUCGCCGGGCCGUCGGUAGAUACACAUAUAGAGAGGGGCCAGAGAGGAGGACGUACCGUGUAGAUACCGGCAGAUAUUCGCGAAAAUAACGGGAGAGACAGAGAAACAGACGAGUGGGGAAAAUGAAGAAAGGUGUAAGCGGUCACGGGUACACGGACGCGCACCCUUAAAGUGAACUUCUCUCACGUAUAUGGGUUGCCAGUGAAAGAGACUCUCGUGUAAUCCCUUCCGGAGACGAUUGGAUCGUCCUUUCGUGGUGAGAAGUUACGAGGAAAGGAAACGACGUUAACACGGCUGUAGCAUCGAAAAAGAAAAACCCGGCGGAGACAAUAAGACAGCGGCAGGGGAGAAGGGCGAGGAGUCGAACAGAGAAAGAUCAGAAGGAGAACAGAGGCACAACGUCUCGACUUUCCAUACAGAGAUGAGUUGAGUAUUGGCUACGAUGUUGAGUCGUUUCUCGGCCUUGGUGGCCUCUAUUUUGGUUCACCUACACGUUUCGUACGCCGGCAACUCAGUAGAUAACAAGCCGUUUCCAGGACUGGAAAAUCUGCCGAAGUCGUUCUGGCACGAGCUCAGUUCGCCCUUUACAGAUGUAUACGAGGUGGAAAGUUUCGCGACCGAAACUGGCGGCACUCCCGAGCCCAGACCUUUCUUCGAAGAUCCAGAGAGCAACAUUACCGUACAACUCGGAGCUCAAGUGCACAUGCACUGCAGAGUACAAAAUCUGCAGGAAACUCUCAAGGUGUCGUGGGUUCGCAGACGCGGUGAUGAGCUUCAUUUGCUCACGAUCGGUCUGGACACGUAUGCGAGCGACUCGAGGUUCACGUUAGCUUUUGAGAAGCCAAAUGAUUGGCGGCUGCUUUUGCGCACGGCGACGGAACGAGACGGUGGCCUGUACGAGUGUCAAGUCAGUGCUCAUCCCCCAUUAAUCAGAACUGUCUAUCUGACCGUGUCAGUGCCGAGGGUGGAAAUCGUCGAUGAGCACGGCGCCACGGCUGGCGACAAAUUCUACAAAGCGGGUAGCACAAUAGAACUGAAGUGCGUGGUCAGCAAUAUACCGCAACCUACCGGAUACAUUACGUGGCGACAUGGAUCCCGAACGCUGAAUUACGACACCACACGUGGAGGAAUCAGGUAA